UCUAUGCAUCCUCCUCAGACAACUAUAUAUGUGAUCAUGAAGUUCACAUGAUUGGUCACUAAAGGUAUUCAUCCGAGUCAUCUAGUAGCUCGCCUCGCAGCAGGCCGCCGCGUGCACUGCCUAGAAGUGAACUACAUGAAUAGAAUGCCUUGUAAACUGAUAUCUUCGUGCAUGGGUCUCCAUGUAACUGAACAAAAGCCUAAGGUAAACAAACUUUCAGGAAGUGCUGCGCCGAGAGUCGCGGUGGCGCGACCACAUACGCACAUCCGCGGGGGAAAAUUCACUGGCUGCAUGCCAUGUUACUUCGCCUGUACUGUACCUUCGGCACCCGAUCUCAACGACGUCAAUAAGUCUUGCAGACUCUGUCGCAGCUUCUUCACCCAAUCGUCCUCAUCAGACGACGGAGCGGGCUACAUGCGCCUCCUUGAGUGUUUCGAUUUUCAGCGAGUAAUCGUAACAUGUUCACCAUUUGGUCGAGGAGGAACUGGAACAAGAAUGAGUAACGACAACAGGACAAAAGCAAGCACAGGAUCCACACUCACUUCCGCCUCAUCUAUCGUCUGAAGCAAUAAUACAAGGGCCGAGGUGGCUCAGGUCAGUCAGGCUACCUGGGUGCAUCAGUUUGAACAUGUUGCUCGACACAC